UUCAUGCUUUUAUUUAUAGAGUUAAUUUUCAUUUCAUUACAGUUGAGAUUAGCUUAUCUUGUAGACUCUGUUAUAGAUGGAAUAUGUCACUUAUGUCUCUAGAAUAAGAGAAUUAGCAUUUAUAUAUCAAUUGGGUGUGUGACAUAACAGUGAGUUUUCGACUCGAAUUUACAAUGUUAGAGUUGGAAGUGGAGGAUGCUUGUUAUCUGAACAACCCCUCUUGUCCAAUAGUGAGCUGAAUGUUUAAUUUUAGCUGUUUCUUUUAUGGAUAGUUAUUUAUUGGUGAAGCAAUAGCAGCAUCGACCAAGUAAUGUCACUAGAAAAAACCCACUUCCCCUACUUCUAUUGUUCUUGCACUUUCUUCCACCCAUCUGUUUUUUGUUUGCCCGGGAUUAUCGGGAACAAUCUCUCUCUAUGUACACUCUACCCGCCUAAGACACCACUUUGUGGGACUAUACUGGGUAUGUUGUUGUUUCUUAUUGUAUUUGGGAAUUUGAGAAUUGGGUUUUAAAGAUAGGUUCUUUCUAAUAAAACAAUAUUUUUCGACUCUUCUUUAUACUGGUCGCUCUGAGGCGAAAUUGUAGUCGAUCUCUUUUUCCGGCAAAGCCAAGUUUCUUCUCCUUCGCUGGCAUCCUCCUACUGCGACAAAUUUCUCGAUUUAUCUCUUCAAUUCAGACCCUACUUGUAGGAUUACACCGGGUGACAGAGAGAUGAAGUUUCUAUAAAUUGAUCUUAUACAUGGAGGAGAGCCAUGGCGUUUGCAAGCUUUAAUGGCUCUCUCAAACAGACAUGAGGAGGUGUUCUGCUUUUGUUUUUCCUUACCACUGUCAAGUCUUGUCUUAUCAUCGAUACUUUGGUUCUAUGACAAAACACACUUCAUUCUUUUCAUAUUCAACUAAUUCUGCAGUUGAAAAGCUUUCUUGCCUUCCUUUAACUGCCGCGAGACCUUUUCCAGAUUAUUCGCCUAAAAAACCCUCCAUUAGAGACUCUGAACUUGUGCAGCACGUAUCGACUUCUAUUAAGCAACGCUAUUCUGAGCACAUACGGCGUGUUUUAAAGCCCUUUGAAUCAAAAAUCAAACCUGACCACAUCGUUUGGGUUCUCAUGACCAUAAAGAAUGAUUACAAACUGGUUAUAGAUUUCUCUGAUUGGUGGUGUCAACGGAGGGACCCGUCAAUUGAGGUACGUUGUAUUAUCGUGCAUAUUGCUGCUGCACAAAAAGAUGCAAGGACAGUGCAUAGGCAUAUUCAUGAUUUUUGGGCAAGACCCGGUGUAGAUGUGACAGUUUUCUUCCCCCAGUUUCUUGAAAAGUUAAUAUACACUUACAAGGAUUGGGGUUCUAAUCCAUUUGUUUUUGAUAUUUUCUUCCAAGUGCUUGUUGAAUUAGGAAGUCUAGAUUAUGGAAGAAAACUUUUUGAUAAAAUGUUGCACUAUGGCUUAGUUCUAUCUGUCUCUUCAUGUAACUUUUUCCUUUCACAUCUCUCGCAUGAGAUUGAUGGGCACAAAAUGAUGUUUAAGGUCUUUAAUGAAUUUUCUGAAGUGGGUGUUUGCUGGGAUAAUGAAUCUCAUAAUAUAGUGAUCCAUUCUCUUUGUCGGAUAGGGAAAGUUAAAGAAGCUCAUAACUUACUCCUGCAAAUGGAGCUGAGGGGCUGUAUGCCCGAUGUUGUAAGUUACAGCACUGUGAUUAAUGGAUACUGUGCCACUGGACAGCUUGAACCAGUGAUGAAGAUCAUCCAAGAAAUGCAAGUAAAAGGAUUGAAGCCAAAUGCAUUUACUUUUAACAGUAUAAUUCUUCUUUUGUCUAAGAGAGGCAAAGUGCAUGAUGCUGAGAAAAUCCUGAGGGAGAUGACUUCCCAGGGAAUCACUCCAGAUAAUGUUGUUUACACAACUCUUAUAGAUGGCUUCUGCAAAACUGGGAACAUAAGUGCUGCAUACAGUCUGUUCAAUGAGAUGCAGUGUCUUAACAUUACCCCUGAUUUGAUAACAUAUACUGCCCUUAUUUCUGGUCUGUGUCAAAGUGGAAAUAUUGCUGAAGCAGAUAAGUUGUUGAAUGAUAUGCUUGGCCGGGGGUUAGAACCUGACGAAUUUAUUUAUACAACAUUUAUUGAUGGUUAUUGCAAGGCAGGGGAGAUAAGGGCAGCCUUUUCUCUUCACAACAAAAUGGUUCAGAUGCAGUUGGUGCCAAAUAUUGUGACAUACACUACACUAGUAGAUGGGCUCUGUAAACUAGGAGAACUUGGUACAGCAAAUGAACUUCUCCACGAGAUGUGUGGAAAGGGUCUUGAGCUGAAUAUCUACACAUACAACUCACUUGUUAAUGGUUUUUGUAAAGCUGGAGAUGCAAAUCAAGCAGUAAAGUUGAUGGAAGAUAUGGAAGCUGCAGGGAUCUGUCCUGAUGCAUUUACUUAUACUACUCUAAUGGAUGCUUAUUGUAAAUUAGGAGAGAUGGGCAAGGCUCAUGGACUACUACAUCAAAUGUUGCUCAGAGGACUCCAACCCACAAUAGUUACAUUCAACGUUCUGAUGAAUGGCUUUUGUAUGUCAGGGAUGCUAGAAGAGGGUGAUAAACUGUUGAAGUGGAUGUUGGAGAAGAGUAUAAUACCAAAUGCUACUACCUACAAUUCUCUUAUGAAGCAGUAUAGUGUGCGAAAUAAUAUGCGUAUGACGUCAGAAAUUUAUAAGGGGAUGCUGGGCCAAGGAGUUGUACCAAAUGCCAAUACCUUUAACAUAUUGAUACGAGGACAUUGCAAAGCUAGAAAUAUGAAAGAGGCUUUGUUUUUGCACAAGGAAAUGAUCAAGAAGGGAUUCACUCCGACAUUAGAGACUUAUCAUGCACUCAUAAAAGGGUUUUUAAAGAGGAAAAAAUAUUCUGAGGCCAAAGAAAUGUUUGAAGAGAUGAGAAGAGAUGGUUUAUUGGCAGAUAAAGAACUUUACUCUAUCUUUGCGGAUAUGAACUAUGAACAAGGUAACUUUGAUUUGGCGCUUGAGCUUUGUGAUGAAGCACUAGAAAAAUGUCUUGCAGACAAGAAUGAUAACAGGAAUGCAUGAUGGUUGUCUGACAUGUUUCUGCAUCCUGUUUCUGGUCAUCUUGUUGCUAAUUUUGAAACUAGUGACAAAACCAGUUGUCUUGCUCCACAUGAUGCUAAUCCUUUUCAUGCUGUCAAUUCGGCUCCAGUUGUAUUUCUCUUCAAGUCAUCAGAUGAUCUUUUGAAA